AUGGACCAGUCCCGACGAGAACAGCCGGGCUCGGCUGGCAACUUUCAAGGCGGGAGGUCAAACAGAGCCCCUGACGAGUUGACACCCACGUUCAAUCGCCUUUCUCUUGCGACAGGUUCUGUUACAGCUGGGCCAUCCUCAUCACCGUCUCCUUCGUCAUACCAGUCCCCUUCACGUUCCCUUGGCACGAAUCACUCCCAUUCUCGCCAUGACUCCCCUUCUAGAGCUUUCGCCAACCAUCCAUCCGUUCCCCGGAGAACCCCCAGCUCCAGCUCUUUGAGGGACGAGAGAAGAGUGUCCACUCCUUCACUACAAAAGAGAUCAUCGGUCAGCUCCCUACGGUCUGUACAAAACUAUAGCGGUAGUGGGGUUGCCCCUCCGCGUCCUAGCCUUUCCAGACGCGCUUCAUCUAAUUUCCUCGCUACUACUUCUCCGAGCAUGCGUCCCAAAUCCCCAGCCCUAGAGCCUGCUCAGCCUGUGGCGCCAACGGCUACCUCCAUCGCCCGAGAACAUUUUGAAAAGGAGCUGGCUUUACACCAGUCUACAGAUCUACAAUCCAAAACACUCGUUCUUGUUCAAGAUGCUUGCUAUGGGCAUAGGUUCUCCCGCCCAAGGACCUCCAAAGCUGGCCUGGAGCAAAUUGUCGAACGACCAGAACGCCUCCUUGCGAGCAUACUUGGCGUAUCGACUGCCUAUAUUCGCAUGGGGAGACGAUAUGGGGGCGGUCGAUUUGCCCCACACCCAGACCUUGACGUUCAAUCGUUACCGAUUCCCCCCUUUCAAAUAAGGAAAACGACGCGCACGAUAUCACUUAAUUCCCCUGCGGUUACCCAUGUUCAUGGCGCAAAAUGGAUGGAUGAACUACAGAUUAUGUGCAAAGCUGCAGAGUCUCGACUCGCGUUGAAUGGAAAGGAGCUUGUUCGUCCCAGCAGCUCGGGAAGGGAGAGUGGCGCAGCAAGCGCACCAAAAUUACACGAGGGCGAUCUGUAUUUGUGUCGGGAAUCCUUAAAUGCGUUCGAGGGUGCAUUGGGAGGGGUUUGUGAAGCAGUGGACGCUGUGUUUGGACCCACUUCUAUUACUCGGGCGUUUGUGAAUAUUAGACCACCUGGCCAUCAUUGCUCAGUAGACUAUCCGUCCGGGUUUUGCUGGCUCAAUAAUGUUCAUGUUGGUAUUACACACGCUGCAAUGUCUCAUGGCCUCACCCAUGCUGCUAUCAUCGAUUUCGAUUUACACCACGGAGACGGGUCGCAGGAGAUUGCUUGGGAGCAAAAUCGGAAGGCAAGUGCAGCUUCCAGGAAUUCCCCAUCUCAUAAGAAAACGGCAAUCGGUUACUUCAGUCUCCACGACAUCAACUCGUAUCCUUGUGAGGCUGGUGAUGUAAACAAGGUUCGUAAUGCUAGCGUUUGCAUCGAUAAUGCUCAUGGCCAAUCUGUCUGGAAUAUCCAUCUUGAACCGUGGAAAACUUCUGCUAGCUUUUGGGAACUUUACAAUACGAAGUACUCUAUCCUCCUUGAAAAGGCUCGAAACUUUCUACGAUCCCAUACACAGCGUUUGCUAUACUCUCAAAAUCCGUCGCUUCCCAAAGCAGCUAUUUUUAUAUCUGCUGGUUUUGAUGCUAGUGAAUGGGAAGGCGUUGGUAUGCAAAGACACAAGGUCAAUGUACCGACGGAUUUCUAUGCCAAAUUCACAGCAGAUAUUGUGCAAAUCGCAGAAGAUGAAGCCCUGGGCGUUGAUGGCAGAGUUAUAAGCGUUUUAGAAGGAGGCUACUCUGACCGAGCUCUAAUAAGUGGUGUGCUUAGCCACCUGUCAGGGCUUGCGGACAGCCAGAGAACUGGUUUUGAAAAUGGUGAUAACCGCCUCGCUACUGAAAUGCUAAGUCGCCUUGGUUUGAAUGACUGCCCUGAGACUGUCUUAGAAGAGGAUUCAACUUUUGAUACUGAGUGGUGGACACUUCCAAUGCUGGAAACCCUCGAACUGCUUGCAAACCCACCGCCUCCAACCCCGGCUCGCAAGUCUCGUGAGAAGGGGCCUCCGACAUAUUGUUCUCCAACCCAGGCAUCAGCUGCUAAGAUCGUUCUGCCUUCCCGUGACAGGAGAUCGAUUUCAUCGCAGCUUAGUGCAGGGGACAGUGGAUAUCCGCGUCCUCCACUCCCAGUCGUUGACUGGGCAACUGCAGCAUAUGAAAUGUCGAAAGUUCUUAUUCCUACCAAUCGCCAGACUGUGAGUCUCCAGCACUCAGAAUUAAAAGGUGAAAAUACUCGGACAAAGCGUGACCGCCAUUCAACCUCGAAUGUUCCAGAGUUGAAUGCGGCUGAUGAUCGGAAACCAAUGCAAUUGAGGGAGAGAAAGCCGAAACCACCAUCGCCAGAACACCUAACUACUAAGCAACCUUCAAGAGCUUCGCGAAGGGCCACCAUUGCCUCGGUGAGCGACAUUCCCGAUGCCUCUGCCACCGAACUUCCUGAAAGUUGUAACCAAAAUCCCAAGCCUGUUGAUUCGCACAGUUCACGACGCCUUAGUGUGGCGUCGACGGUGGCAUCAACUGGUGGCGCCCGUAGCAGGGGCAGCGUAGAGGGAACUUCACCACCCUCCUCAAAUGGGAGUAGCGCCCGUAGGAUAGAUUCACGCCCGGUGACCUCGAAUGGGAAGCCUGGGGACCCACCAACGGUGAAAAAACUUGGUUUCCGGACCAGUCCGAGAAAGCCAUCGGCAGCUCGACAAGCACGACCUAUAGGUGGUGGCCCCAUCCCCCCUGUUCGCUCAUCGUCUAUAAACACAGAUACUUCAGAGCGUGAUCUCACCAAUCUCUCCGCAGGUAUGAGAAAGCUUAACAUCAAAUUAAAAGUCCCAAGCCCGGAAGAGCAUGCGGCGAGAGAAGAGGAACGCAGGAAGAUUGCUACUAGCAGAUCCGCUUCCAGAAAAUCCCAGACCUCGAAAGCAUCCAGAUCGAGCAGCACAACGGCCACCGGGAAGGUCUCAAACCCUGACGCUGCGCUAGCCCAGUCUCCACCUCCGCCUCCUGUUGCUGGCACUACCCUAUCCACCCGCUUCGACCCUAUCAAGCAGGAAAUGGCACACCUCCCUCACAAAAACUCUGAUAUUGAUGGAAUUCCUAUCCCGGACCUAUCGUCUUUCCCACAUUCAGCCAACGCAUACAGCGGGGUGGUACGGGGGUGGCCAUCCGACCCAACAACCCAGCGUACCCACAUCGAGCCAUCAAAAAACCCCUCCCCUGCCAGUAAGCUGGAGCUUGACGCACCUCCCAGAUCAUAUGCUCAUAUAUCGCCUCCGCUAUCCCCUCUAUCCCUGGAGAACUCCGGCACCCAUCCUCAGAUUACUGUAAAGCCUCCGUCUGCCCCGCUGAGUUAUCACAUCGCUGCCGCUGCACAACCGUCAAAUAAACAGCUCCCUGUUUUCACAUCUACCUCCGCUAUACCGUUCGCCACACCUACCGCUUCCAAUGCGCCUUCCGUUCUGUGCGAGGAGGAACGUCAGGAGUAA